AUGGCCGAAAUUACUUCAAAGAUGCAGAGUUUGUCUGUAAAUGACAAACCAUCUGGUGGCGAGAAUGGCUCGGGAGCCAUCAACCCAGGUGGUAAAUAUAUCCCUCCUCACAGAUCCAGAAACGUCGAUUCGGGAGAUUCGUCAGCAGGUUCUUUCAACGGUGGUAAUGGUUAUCGUCGUGGCGGCGGAAGUGGCUACGGUAACGGUGGAUUCAACCGUGGUUAUGAUAAUGGUGGAUUCAAUCGUGGUGGUUACGGUGGCGGUUACGGCAACGGUGGUGGCUAUGGCAAUGGUGGUUACAACAGAGGCGGAUAUGGCCGAGACCGUGGUGACCGUGGUGCCUUUGGCGGCUCUUCGACUCACAAGCGUGGUAACCGUGGCCGUUUUGUCGAUGGCAAGCAUAUUGCUGGUGCUAAGGAUGAACGUUUGGAGUUGGAAUUGUUUGGAACUGCCGAUGAUUCGAAAUUCCAAUCUACCGGUAUUAACUUUGACAACUAUGACGAUAUUCCAGUCGAAGCUUCUGGUAACGAGGUUCCUGAACCUAUUAAUACUUUUGAUACUCCUCCUUUGGAAGCGCUUCUUGUUGAGAACAUUACCUUGGCUAGAUAUACCAGACCUACCCCAGUUCAAAAGUACUCUGUGCCUAUUGUCGCUGCUGGCCGUGAUUUGAUGGCUUGUGCCCAAACUGGUUCUGGUAAGACUGGUGGUUUCUUGUUCCCCAUUUUGUCUCAAUCUUAUAUUAAUGGUCCUGCUCCUUUACCUGAGAGAGCCAAUGCUGGAUACAGCAGAAAGGCCUACCCUACAUCACUUAUCUUGGCUCCUACUCGUGAGCUUGUUUCACAAAUCUUUGACGAGGCUAGAAAGUUUGCCUACCGUUCAUGGGUUCGUCCUUGUGUUGUUUACGGAGGUGCUGAUAUCACUACCCAAUUGAAGCAAAUUGAUCAAGGAUGUGACUUGCUGGUCGCUACUCCUGGUCGUCUUGUCGACUUGCUUGAGCGUGGCCGUAUUUCUUUGGCCAAUAUCCGUUACCUUGUUCUUGAUGAGGCCGAUCGUAUGCUUGAUAUGGGUUUCGAGCCUCAAAUUAGACGUAUUGUCGAGGGCGAGGAUAUGCCUUCUGUUGAGGACCGUCAAACCCUCAUGUUCUCGGCCACUUUCCCCAGAGAUAUUCAAAUGUUGGCCAGAGAUUUCUUGAAGGACUACAUUUUCUUGUCGGUUGGUCGUGUCGGUUCCACCAGUGAGAACAUUACUCAACACAUUGAGUAUGUUGAGGAUGAGGAUAAGAAGUCUGUUUUGCUGGACAUUUUGUCGUCUGGUGAUCAAGGUUUGAUUUUGAUUUUCGUCGAGACUAAGCGUAUGGCUGAUAAUUUGUGCGACUUUUUGUUGUCGCAAGAUUUUGCUGCUACUUCUAUCCACGGUGACCGUACUCAACGCGAGCGUGAGCGUGCUCUUGAUACUUUCCGUUCUGGCCGUGCUCCUAUUAUGGUUGCCACUGCUGUUGCAGCCCGUGGUUUGGAUAUCCCUAAUGUCAAGCACGUUAUUAACUACGACUUGCCCACUGAUAUCGAUGACUAUGUGCACCGUAUUGGUCGUACCGGACGUGCUGGUAACGUUGGUGUUGCCACUGCUUUCUUCAACCGUGGUAACCGUGGUGUUGCCAGAGAGUUGCAAGAUAUCUUGAAGGAGGCCAACCAAGAGGUUCCUGCUUUCUUGGAGACCAUUUCUCGUGAGAGCAGCUUCGGUCGUGGCGGCCGUGGUGGUAGCCGUGGCGGUUCGUCUCGUACUGCCAACACCCGUGAUUUCCGUCGUGGUGGCGGUGCUGGCGGUGGCUACUCCAACGGUGGUGGCCACUAUGACCGCAAUGGCGGUUAUGGCGGUGGCAGCGGAUACGGUAACAGCUACGGCAAUGGUGGUGGUUACGGUAACGCCGACUCCAACAACAGCUGGUGGUAA